GGAAGAGACUUGCUGUUGUAUUUUACUUGCAAAGUGCUGCGUGUUUUUAAGGAAGGAGUGAAGUUUGCAAAGAGGCAGUGAGGGAGGUGGGCUUGCCUCAAAGGUUGUCCUUGCUGCUCGGUAAGGAUGUCAUACAAUAUCUAACUACUUUUCAUUUCCAAAGGGUGAUGUUGCGGUCACAAAUGUGCAGAUCUCAUUGAGUGAUUUUUAAGCCCCUUGUAUUGCUAUAGUUGGACUUUGAAUUCCAUCUUUUAAAGUCCUUCUGCAUGUGAUUAUCUUCCAGUAAUCAUCAACUGCUUCAGAUUCAGGACGGACUACGUGGACAAACAGCCUCUCAAGGAAGGUGACACGUAUGCUGAAAUAUUCAGUGAUAAACAGCUGGAGUUAGUAGGUGCUGUUAGAAGGAUAACCACCUCCCUGGACGAGUUCUGCCUGUGAAAUAUUAAAGAUAACCAUUUUUCCCAGUACAAGUACGUAACAAAGAAACAACUGUCUGGAAUUCCAGGGGAAGAGUUAAACACAGACCACAGUACCUGUGUUACUAGGAGACGAAAUCAGUAGCUUCUAUAUCACAACAGGCUGACCUUGAAGAACCUCCAGAGUUGGCUGACCUUAAGGUCAGAGGUCAGAGUCUGUGUCACAUAAUGGCUGAUUGUGAGUAUGAGUAUGAUUACCUCAUCAAAUUCCUAGCACUGGGUGAUUCAGGAGUCGGAAAGACCAGCUUACUCUUCCAGUACACUGAUGGAAAGUUCAACUCCAAAUUCAUCACUACAGUUGGUAUCGACUUCCGAGAAAAACGAGUGAUGUACAAACCUAACGGACCAGAUGGCAUGGGUGGCAGAGGUCAAAGGGUACAUCUACAACUUUGGGACACAGCAGGACAAGAAAGGUUUCGUAGUUUGACAACAGCAUUCUUCCGAGAUGCUAUGGGGUUUAUUCUGAUGUUUGACUUAACCAAUGAACAGAGUUUUCUUAAUGUUAGAAAUUGGAUAAGCCAGCUACGAAUGCAUGCAUACUGUGAGAAUCCGGACAUUGUAAUGUGUGGAAAUAAAUGUGACCUGGAUGAUCAGAGAGUGGUAAAAGAGGAGGAAGCCAAAGAACUGGCAGACAAAUAUGGAAUACCAUAUUUUGAGACGAGCGCAGCUAAUGGAACCAAUGUCAAUAAGGCUGUAGAUUGCCUGCUCGAUCUUCUAAUGAAGCGCAUGGGACAGGACCUGGACAGAACCUUGAGGCCCAAAGGACAGAACUCUACAGACCAGUUAAAUGAAGAUGCAGGAAAAUGUAGCUGUUAAACUUGAACGUUUAAUUAACAAGGAGUGGAAUCUGAUGUUGCAGAUUUGUGGGUCACUCAUUCAACAUUAAAUUUGUUUUAUGACUGCAUAUGACUUUUAUUUAUAUUCUCUAAAAGAACGGGCCCUGGUGCAUAUAAAUUGUAUUUGUCUAGCAAAUACAGUUUGCACUUACCUGCAAGGCAAUCUGUUCCUCCAUAACUUGAUAUUUGCGUGUCUUUCUCUUUCUCCUUGUCUCAAGAAGACAAGUACAUAGACGCACACACACACACACACACAUGUAUGCUGUUUGUAAUUGCUGUUGAUUUGAGGUUAUAACAGUAUCAUAGUUUUACUGGCUUUUGUUAGUGUAAUUGCCAAAUGGUUAAUACCUUCUAUUGCAUCAGUAUUCAUAAAUGUGACGUUUUGUCCAUGCAAAAGCUAAAUACUAGUGUGUCUUUGUUAUGAAAUAAAUGAAAAAAAAAUAACAGGUUGCCAGUUGAAAACCUGCAGUAUGGAAGGUUGAACUGAGUGAUGUAGCUUUUCCGUUUCACAUGUGAUCCACUAACCUUCACCUGCACUAAAUGCCACAUUCCACGGGACCACUAUGUAUUUGUUACCAGACUAUAUUGUUUUGUGUUUUAUGUCAUCUUGUCACUUACAUAAACCUUUCUUAGUUUUGAACAGGAAGUUUCGGCAAACUGAGUGCCAACAAUAUUUUGUCAGAGCCGGUGCUCUGUGCUGUAACUGUUUGUGCCAAGUUUACAUUUGGGACUCUCUUGCUCCUAAUUUGAAUAGGAAAGCAGUGUGGGUCCUCUUGAGUGAGACAUAAUUGCCUAACGUUUAUAACAAUCAAAUACAAAAUCAUGUAUUUUCCUGCUUUGCCUUUAAAUACUUGUAAUAUGUAUUUAUAUAUAUUCUUCUGGUGAAAGCUAUUUUUGUUUGAUGAUCUGGUAAAUGUAAUGUUUUGUCAUUAUACCAGGAUUAGUUUCCUAUACUUAACUUGAAAAUCCAGUUCUGUACUCAAAAUCAGCACCUUGCCAAAAGUUGUUCAGAUGAACUGUCAUGUGCCUCAAGUGUAUUUACAGGUUUGUCUUUACACUGGAAUGAUGCCAAACGUAUCUGGAUAUUGUCUAAAUAAAUAUAGGUAUCUUUAGAAGUUUGUUAUAGAUGUUUAUUAAAAGUCUGUUGUAGAAAGCUUUAAAACAUUUUUGUUUCAUCUCUUCAGCUGUAAUAUAUUUAAGUAUUUUGUGAUUAGUUUAUUUCAUCUAGUUUUAAAAAAUGAUUGCGCUCUCCCAUUGUAUAACUCAAGAAUGUAUGGAAAAACAUUUUUGAAGCAUCACUUUUGGGGCUUUUAAAAUUCCACCCCCACUUCUAUCCUUGCAGUUUCCCAAGCAAGUUAUUAAAAGUAGAGCACACUGCCAAUUUUUUCAUGUAGAAUGUUUGCCUUCCUGCAGCCACCUUUUUUAUAUGCUAAUACAUGCCCUAAUAGCAUUACCAGCAACAGAUAGCGCCUCUCCUGAAAGUAUGCUAAGCUUAGUGAGGUAAACCCAAUCAACAAAAGUAAAUAAAAUGAGUUUAAACACACCACCUUGCUAGCAUGUUUAGAAGAGGGGCGUGUUGGAAUUUGGCAUAAAGAAAUUACGCGGUUAUCUCUUCUGGCUUCCUAUUUGCCUGUUCACUGCAGGUAUGUUACUUCUUUGAAGGAAGUGUGUUUUUAAGUAUCCUGUUUUUCUUGUAAUGUAUGCCAUUUGCUUAUUAUCGAAACUUUAUUUUGUAGAGUUCAACUUAAAGCUAAACAUACAAGGUAUUUUUAAACUGAAAUGUUUCAUUUCAUUAUGGGAGUCCUUGAUAUGUGUAAAAAUAACUUAAAAGUUGAUUUUGAACUUAAUUCAUAGAUUGCACUCAGUAUCAUAUUUGGCCGGGAGUGCGUACAGGUGUUUGCUUAUGUUCAGUAAUCCAUAACACCUGUUAAGAUAUACAGUAAAAAGUUUUAGUGCAUGCCUUAAUAGACUGGCAAGUCACAAGACCAGAUGCACAUAAGUCCUUGAAAGGUGCAUUUUAAAUGAACCUUUGUGUUUUUUGUAGCGACUUUUAGUAGUUUUUGAGAACGCUGGGUUUGAAACUGUAAUGACACAAUUACAGAAAUGUAGUGUGUAGUUGUAUGAUGUAUUCAACCUGAUUAAAAUGAGAGUUUUUAAAGACUUA